AUGGGUUCCAAGAAGAAGGGAAAGUUUGAAAGAAAGAAAAAAUUAGUGGAAGAAGCGGAUGUGAAGACUUGUCCCGAGUCUGAUGAGUCUGUUGAGAAGCAAGUAGAAUCUAUAUCAGCAGACACCGUCACAACCAGCGAAUCAACUAAAAUUAGAGGGAAGCGAAGUGUGGUGGAAAUGUACAAUGUUUUGAUCAAGAAAGCAUUGGGUAAAAAGUUGAAAGUGACAUACACUGACACUGGCAAUCCAAAUGGACGAGCACGGCACAAUCUGCAAUCAUACAUAGGAAUGCUGGCGCGUAAAAUGGUGCCGAUCAACAUUGAAAGCUGGCCUGCAGUGGACAAAGACUUGAAAGAUAAAAUUUGGAUUGAUGUCCAGGAUACAUUCAAAGUGGCCCCUGAAAGCAAGAAAUUGGUGUUGACAUCUGCCGGCACUAAAUGGAGACAAUUCAAGACCUACUUAACAAAUAAGCAUGUGCUGCCAUACUUGGGGAAGAAGAAGAAACUGAGGAAGCCACCGAAGCAAUAUGCAUUCGUUGGGUUACAACCAUGGAAGGAAUUUGUAACUCAGAGGAAGACAGAGGAAUGGCUGAAACUUAACAAUGACCAAAGGGAACGAGUCAAGAAGAGAAAAUAUCAUCAUAGAUUAUCAAGAAAGGGAUAUAUUGGACUGGAGGAAGAAUUGAGAGAUACUUGGCCUGAAGGAGAGGUAAUUGAUCGCGCUAUUAUGUGGAAGAAAGCCCGUUUACUAAAAAAUGGGGAGAUAAGUGAAGAGGUCACACCGGUAGCAAGAAAGAUAGAUGAAUUGUUGGAGAAGAAGAGUAAGGGUGAGCUAGAAAUAUCAGGGAGCGAUGAUGUUCUCACUCAAGCACUAGAAACUCCUGAACACUCGGGUAGGGUGAGGGGUGUUGGAGGCUUCGUCAAUCCGUCCACCUACUUUAAGCUUCCAAAGCAGAAAAGGGUCAGAAUUACCAAGGCAGAAUUAAUGGCACGUGAUAGAGAGCGUAAUCGGGAGUUGGAGGAGACAAAGAAAAUGCUUAUUGAAAAACAAGCAAAGGCAGAAGAUCUCUUAAACAAAAGGAUUGCUCAACUAGAAGCACUAAUAACAGACAAGGCGAACUAUGCACCCCAUUCCCCUAUAUCAGAUAAGGGCAGUUUUCAUGAUAGAGUGAAAAAAAAUUCCCCUAUAUUAGAUGACAAGGUGCAAGAAAAUGUGGAUGAUUGUGAAAUUGUUCCUCCACCUACUGAUAAGGGUGGCGUAUGUGAGUUGGCAGUGAAUAACAUCACCAACAUAGUUGCUUUUGGUACCGUAUUCGAUGAUGUGGAUAUUAAUAAGAUGAUACAUGGAGCUGCAUUGAAGGAGGGAUGCGUUAGAGUGUCAGUGGAUGGUGAGAUUCAAGGUGAUGCACCACUUCCAUUCCCUAUAGCGGGUGAGAUGGAAUUGGUUCGAGAAGCCAUUGGAAGUCACGUGGCUUGGCCUGAGGAGCUUGUAAUUCGGAGACAGCCAUCAAAGAAAAAGAUAAGGAAGAAUGAUUUUGUCAAAUCAUUGUUCAAUAAAGCUGAGGUCAACCCGUUUGUGCCCAAGCGCUGCAAGCUAUUGUACAAACAUGCCACAACAAUCAUGACACAUACUAGUGAGGCAAUAUCCACAGUAUUGGACGAUAAAGUCUUUGGCGUACACAAAGAACUCUUCAUCUUGACAGAGAAUGUGAUUGAUCUGUUAGAAAUGCAGAAGAUUGGCCAAGGAGUGAUAGCAGCAUACAUGGCCCACCUACAUGAAGUUGUUACUGAAAGAGACGAGUUUGAUAAUUUUGCCUUUAUUGAUCCUGCUGCUACAUAUAACUGUGAGAGAUCAGAUUUUGGUUCCUAUUUAGUGAAUCGGUUGAAAGAGGGCAAGACUGAUCGCAUAUUCUUUAUGCCCUACAAUCCAGGGGAACAUUGGAUAUUGACAAUCAUAUGGGAGGAUGAUAUCUACAUCUUGGACCCUUUGGGGAAAUCAGUCCAUUACCAAGCAUGGGAGAACUCGGUGAUAAAUGCGGUUAAAAGUUUCAAUGCUGAAACGGGUAGGGCUAACAAGGUGCCGAAAUUGAAACUACUUCCGGGCGUACCUAAACAACCGGGUGGAAUUGAAUGUGGCUAUUAUGUAAUGAGAUAUAUGAAGGAGAUUAUAAAUGAUGACACAUUUUCGUUUCCGACUAAGUGGGCAGCAAAGACUCGGAAAGGAUACACCCAACAACAACUUGACGAGGUGCGCAUUGAGGUGGCUGACUAUUUGCAGACUUUGUUAUAGAUGUUGACUAGCAAAGUGAUUUUGAGCAAGGCUAGCUAGAUUUUUUGUGAACUAUUUUGGAGUAGUUGUACUGUUGCAGCAAAUGUGAACUAAACUACAUGUACACUUAUUGCAAUGGUAUGUUUUAGGCUAGCCUUGAAGUAGGUUGGGGUAUUUUUGCCUAUUUUUUGAACUAUUAAUAUCUUUGAUGUUGGAUUAUACAAAUUAAU